AUGGUUAGACUAUUCUCUAGAAAGUCAAAAGGAAGUGAUGUCGUAGCCAUCAACAAUGCCUUCCAAGUUGUCUUGGAUGAGAUGGGCUUCCAAGAGGAGGACAGGAAGAAGAUGAUGGAAUAUGAUAUUGAAAGGAAACAAAAGUAUAUUGCAUCGUACAAGAGCAAGUUGAUAUCAAAGAGUGACUUUACAGGCAAGAAGCCAAACUCAAAGGCAAAGCCUGUACUUCACUCUCCACAAUACUUUGUCGAUGGACUCAAAGCCACACCAACAAUGGAGCUCCUCACAUCCCUCCGUGUACGUCUUGGCAACCAGCCAAUCAAAUGGUUCCGAGAGUUCUGUUCACUCAACGGUGUGGAGACCCUUAUCAAGGUGCUCAAUGAUAUUGACAUGAAGCCAACAAAGACACCAGAGGACAUGGGUAAGAUGGCACAAUGCCUGCAUUCUUUAAAGUUCACAAUGAACAAUAGAGUUGGAUUGGAAGCCGUGAUAAAGAAUCCAACUAGUAUUGCAAGUAUUGCACUUAUCCUGGACACGACACAUCUAAAGUCCAGGAUAAUGGUAUUGGAGAUGCUGGCCGCUCUAUGUGUCCUGCAUCCAAAGGGUCGUACACUUGUCCUGGCUGCCAUGGACAAUUAUCGAGAGGUGAAACGUGAGACCAAGCCAUAUCUCCAUCUCGUCCAGAGUCUUACCAAUGCCAGCUCGCCACAGGCGCAGUUCGAGACGUUUGCCCUCAUCAAUACAUUGAUCAGCACAGCCGACAAUGUUGAAGACCGUGUCAACAUCCGUUCACAGUUCAAGCGCAUUGGUAUUGUGAAGGCCAUCCAGGACCUGGCCGACCAGAUCAAGAUCAACCCGGACCUGGCCAACCAGGUGGACAUCUUUGAGCAUGAGGACCGCUGGGACGAGCAAGAGCACAUGGAGAAUGCCCGUGGUGACAUCAGUGAUGACAACCCCGACUCUUUGUUCCGUAACCUCAAGGACCGCACCACAGGUGGUCCGCUCUUCCCUCCCUUUGUCUCCAUCCUCAAGAUGUUGUUAAAGACUGUAUCUGAUGAGGACUCUACCGAGGAACAAAGUCUCUCCAACUGUUUAUUUGUCGAGAAGAUAUUGUCCAAGAUCAAUGGUGGCUCAUCAGUGUUGAACGAUGAUUUGUCCAGCUUCUUUGGAGAGUCGAUGGACAUCUCACAUGUAUCUGGUGAGAAGGCUGUGCUCAUCCAAAAGGAGAUAGAGGAUCUUAAGAAGGACAAGAAGAGGGCCGCCGAGCAACUGCACGAGAAGGACAUACUCUUGACCAAGUUGGCCAAGAAGUUGAUGAGACUAGAGGAUGCUAUCCGCUCGGGACGAGGAAUGGAGGUGUUGGCAGAGGAGGAAGAGAAGGACGACGAGUUGAUCAAGAUCGCUGCCGUUUCAGAGGGCUCCUCCAAGGCGUCGAUCAAGACUCUCAAGGAUGGCAUCGAAGAGAAACCAAAGAUUGGAGGAGACGGCAACUUCUUGUCGGCCCUCGACGCUCCACCAGUCGAUCCAGCUACAGAUGAUAGCUCGGGCCCUCCACCACCACCAUUGCCACCUGGUGUACCUCCACCUCCUCCACCACCCGGAAUGAUGAAGGCGCCUGCAACACCAGAGCGCUGCUCACGUGCUCCAUCGGUCAAGAUGAAGAGCUACCAGUGGACCAGGUACCGCACCAGGAACAUCCCCAACACAUUCUGGACCAAGGUCAACUACAGCAAGUACAACGACGAUUUGCCCUACGAGCAGAUCGAGCAACUGUUUGCCGCCGCAGUCUUUGAGAAGAAGGAGAAGGAGGUCAACAAGAAGGCGUGUGUGACACUGAUCGACUCGAAGCGUGCCCAGAACAUUGGUAUCUUGCUCAGUCGUUUCAAGGGAUUCACACACGAUCACAUCUACAAUGCCAUAUUCAACAUGGAUGAGAAGGUGCUGGACCUCGAGACCAUCAAUCAAUUCGUCAAGUACGUGCCCACCAAGGAGGAGAUUGAUCUCAUCAAUGCGUUCAAGGUGACACAGGCAGCCCGCCCCGAGGAGGAACGCCAAAAGUAUGGCAAGGCCGAGGAGUUUAUCGACAAGAUUGCCUCCAUUCCCAAGUUGGCACAGAGAAUCAAUGCCAUCCACUUCAAGCUCAACUUCCCCGAGAAGCUCUACCAGGCCAAGCCUGACGUCCGCACAUUCAAUCAGGCCAUGAACGACCUGCAGAAUGAGAACCUAUUCGAGGUGUUGGAGCUUAUCCUCUCGGUUGGUAACUUUAUCAAUCAUGGCACCAACAGAGGCAAUGCCAGUGGUUUCAAGAUUGACAGUAUCAACAAGAUGGCCGACACCAAGUCCAACACCAGGGAGAAGUACAAUCUGGUACAUUACCUGAUUGAAUUGCUCGAAUCAAUCAAACCCAGUCUCCUCUCUUUCUAUGAAGAGAUCCCCAAUGUGUACACCGCUGCCACUCUAUCAUUCUCCACGUCCACUGGAGAGAUUAGACUGCUCAAGAGUGGUUUGGCCAAGCUGGAGCUCGAGGUCAAUGGCACUGACAACACCUCACCUCUGGACGAUAAGGAUCCAUUCAGGUUGAAACUUUCCGAGUUCUUGUUGUCUGCCAAGACAGAGCUGCUUGAUGCUGAGAAGCUGGUCGGAGAGACAGAGAUGAUGUACGGCAAGAUUGCCAAGUUCUUUGGAGAGGAUACGACCAGACCACUCGAGGAGUUCUGUGCCAUCUUUAAGAAGUUCAGUGAUACGUACCAAUUGGCCAAGAAGGACCUGGAGAGGGAGAAGGCCAUGAGUGAGCGUGCGGCCAAGAGAAAGAAUGAUAGAAAGGCCAACCAGGAGGUCCAGAAGAAGAAGAUUGUUGACGAUGAUGAUGGUGACGAUGUGAGCAGUACUCUGAAAUCAACGGAUGGCAAGACAACUAAACAACAGAUGUCCAAGGAGAAUGCCGAGGACAAGAAGAUCCAGCAAUAUCUGGAGAGUGUCCAGCUGAGCCCUGGCAGCAGUUGUGGCUCAGAGGGUGAAGGAAUGAUGGAGGACAUUUUGAACAUGAUCAGAGAUGGAGACUUUGGCACACUAAGGAGGAACCGUAUGAAUGCCAACAAGGUGAAGCCACCAAAGGCGAUACCAGUCAUACCAGAGGAUACACCAUCAACAUUCUCAUCAUUGUCGUCAAAGUUUGACGCCAAGCCUUUGGAUAUCAGUAGUGAUGAGGAUGAGGAAGAUGAAGAUGCCACAGAUGAGACUGGAGAGGAGUAUGAAGACGAUGAUGAUGUUGAUGUUGAUGAUGAAGAGGAGGAUGGGUCUACAUCCGAAGAAUAA